GAUCCAAAAUGGCGACUGCGUCAGAACAGUUUGCGGCUGCUGUAAGAGUUGUGCAGAGUAUGCCUAAGGAUGGGCCAUUCCAGCCAUCCUAUGAAAUGAAGAAACGUUUCUAUGGGUUAUACAAGCAAGCAACAAUAGGUCCUUGCAAUGAACCCAAGCCAGCAUUCUGGGAAGCCAUUAAACGAACCAAGUGGGAUGCUUGGAAGCAGCUUGGUGAUAUGCCCAAAGAAGAAGCUAUGGAAAGCUAUGUCACCGAUCUGCUCAAGGCAAUGAUGAAAAACAAGGACAGAGACCCAGCUGACAUACAGAAUAUUGUUGAGACAAUGCCAAUCUCUGAGGAAGUCAGCACUUUCUUGAAGGCUAUGGGUCCAUUCUUUGAGGCUGUUAAUGAACCACUUCCAAUCCGUGAGGAGGAAAAGUGGAAAUUCUAUGAUGGCCCUCCUCCAGAUGGUACUCUGCCCAUCAAUGGUACCCCACAACCUCAAGGCAAUGGUCCCAUCAACGGAGAUGUUCAUACAGGUUCCAGGCAUGAUUUGAGUGACAAUUGUCUAUCACCAUCGACUGUUGCAAACCACAGUGGUCAAGCUGAUGGAUUGAAUGCUGUUGUAGUGACACCCACAAUGUAUAAAGGCCAACAUGACAUGGGACCAAAUGGAGAUGCACACCAAGAUGAAAGCCAUCCAUUCGUCAGUGAUGUCAGUGGGAACUUUACUGUUGAUUCAUCUUGUGAUCAGUCUGGUGCUGUAGGGGCUGACAAAAGCAGUGGUACAAGUAACAAUGUCACUGUGACAAGUGAGAGUGACACCGACAGUGAGGAAGACUUUUGUGACUCCAUGGACCAGCCAGACAUGAAUCAGCUGCCUGAACUGGUGAAAGUCUCAGCCAUUGAAGAACACCUUCAGCCAAUUAGAGAAGAGCAGGUUCUCAUGACUUCCACUCCACAGGUCAAGAAGAUUAUUGCCCAGGCUGAAGUCCAUCAGGUCAACGGUGACUACCUCGAGAAUGGCCACAGUACCGCUGAUGACAACCCAGGAGAUAUGAAUGGGGAUGCACCCAUAACAAGGAGACGAGGAGGUGGGGAAGUGGUUCCAGAAGGCAAAGGUCAAGGUGGUAGAGGUCAAAGUUCAGACCAAGGUGGCCAGAGAGGUUCUAUGGGUGCAGGACGAGGUCAAGAUCAAGACACACCUGGUCGAGGCCGCACCCCAUGGAGUGGGCAAGGCGGAGCACCAGGUGGGCGGGAUUCUAGUAGUAGAGCAAACCGUAAUCCGUCAGUUGAUGUCAGUGAGCAGAUUGUCAUAGCUCUACAGCGAUUACAAUGUGAUAUGAGUAGCGUCUUGGCACGAUUGAACACACUAGAGGCAUUAGCACUCUCUCAAGCACAGCAGAGUCAGUCUGAGAGACAGUCUUCAUCAGAGCAUAGAAGUCAAGACACACCCUCAACCUCCUCUCAUCAACGCUCCUGGCUCUCAUGGAUCUUUCCUCGCAACCUGCCAACAAGGACUGUCUUCUUCCUUCUCAUCUGGCCGUUGAUUGUCAACAUAAUCCUUGCCAUGUGGAGGCGAAGACGUCACAGACACUUCCGACGAUGACUGCGAGAUGACAUCCACUGGAGUGUUAUCGGCCCUUUGGAUUAUUCAAAGGUGGUGCUCCUUUCCGUUGUACUUGCAACCAACCUUAAGAAGUAAGCUGCUUUAUGGCUCAGAGGUUUGUGGAUUCAAGGCUGGAAAAUUUAAAGCAAUGAAAUUUUGCUUAGCUCCCAAUGGAGCAUUACUGAUUGGUAUGGCUCUCAGUUAGUCCGUUUGCAUGCCCUUAACUGUUACUGCCAAAGAGAGUGCUUCAAAAUUUGACUCGUGCCAUUUGGAAUGUUUCACGCAGGAAUGUGGCACAUUUAUAGAUAGAGUGAAUGUACCAUCCUCUUAAUGUGAUCAGACUGCUUCAAGGUGACCAUGUCCAAGACAUUCUUACCUCUACCUCCCAUAUCCAACAAAAUCCACCAAUUUGAUUUAAUAGGUUCAGGGUUGUGUAGUUAAGUCACUGUUACUGUCAUGGAGCUUCUUGGCCUGUUUGCUUCUAACGUACAACAGACGUACACUUGAUUCUGCUUAGUGUUAUGUUUGAGAGAGUUGAGAAUAGCCUCAGGCUAAAGAUCAACAUUGGUCACAAUAAAGGUCCCAGACCAUUCCCAGUGUUCGAAACAUUCCGACUUGGAACACUCACUGUUACAAUUAUUUUGUUACAAGAUUGCAAUGAACUCAGUAUACAGGAAACAAUGUUAUGCACAGAAAAUUUGUGUCAAAUGAGAUUGGUGAAAUUAAACACAACUCCAGUGAAUAACUUCUGCACCUGAUUUCUUCUCAGUUCUGCCGGAAAUUGAAGGCAAUAGUGUAGGUACAAGAAAUUAAAGAAUAGAGGAAUCCUCCUUAAUACAAGGAAUGAUAAGAUUGCAAGGGAAACUUGUGCAGUCGUUGCUUGUUUUUAUAAAAAUCUUCAAUUCUGAAAUGAGAUUUGGUGUAUGAAUGAAACGCCACACCAACAUAUUUCUUACCCAAAGUAUCAUACCUAGAGAGUGUGUGGGGAGGUUUAUGGAGACUUCCCCCAUUCCAAGUGAGUGACACUGUGUACCCGGUGACUCUACGUUGUUACUGUAAUGAAUACAGUGUAUUCCUUAUCUUUCAUGAGAUGACAUUUCAAUAGAGGAGGUGAGUUUGCCUCAACAAGCCAAUUCAUGCACAUGUUAAUUCUGUCCAAUUUUACAGUCCCAGUUUAGGUCAGGCAAAUGAUACCCUCUGAAGUUUAUCAUCUACCCGUACAUGUAGCUAACUUUUGUAUUUUCCAUUCUUUUAUUUGCCAGUUGUGUCAGCAUUUGAAAGCAGUUUCAUGUUAAUCACAUGAACAUAACCAAGAGGAGAUAAAUCUUAUUUGAUAAGCAUUGUAUAUAUUAAUGCAGUUGAUCAGAACAUUUUGUAAUAUGACCAAUAGAAACCAUGAUAAUAUAAAAACACCCCUUGGGCUGCAUUCCGUGAUAUUGUCAAUGGUAAAGGUGCAUGCACUUUGAUUGACUUCUGAAGGCAGUACGUGUCAAACCACAAUGCAGUCCGUACUUUUCCAGCAAAAGAAGUUGUCCCCUUAACACGUUGAAGGCCUGGCCAUGUAUGUGUGUAAAAACAUGUACUACACUACUGAACAUAUUCAAAGUUGCUACUUACAUGUAUGCCCUGAAGCCAACAAUGUGUAUAAAAAUGCCAUAUUGACAACAUUUUAAAGAAAUAAAAUGAAGCAUUCUGUGGCAGAAAGAGGCAUCCAUAAGACAUCCUACACACCCAAGUGUGUAAACACCUUCAAUCGUGGACUCCCUAUUGUUCCUCUUUUGUUCAUACUCUAACUUUUUUGGAACACCUCACAUAUAUAUUUUGUACAUGUUUUCCAACCGUGGACUCUUAGGCAACCGUGGACCCUAUUGUCCCCUAUUGUUAUAGGUCCACGAUUGAAGGCGUUUACACACUCACUACAUACACAGUGGAGUCAAGGAGACACUGUGUGCUUGAAACCUGGAGCAUUUGUAUUCUAUGAAAUGUAUUUCAUAUCAUGUGUAUGAGAAGGACACAUUGAUGCACAGUUAUGUAAGUGCUUUUUUGAAUGAGAAUUCUUUGAAGUGUACAGAGCAUCGUUUGUAAUGCAGCCUUUAAAACAGUCAAUAGUAAUGAUGAUUGUCUUAUUGCAAGUCUGAUCAUAAAAUAUUGACAUAAGAGGGGACAACCCUGGCAAAAGAAUGUCAACUGUUAAGUGAGCAUGCUCUUUAGCACAUGUAUGCUUUCCAGUUAGGAAAUGAACAGAAGUUCCGUACACUCACCAAAAUUUCGCAUCGCAGCACCAUACAAAAUGAUAACUGAUCUUGGUCAGCCCCAUUGUCAAGUCAGCUUCAAGUUGACAGAUUCUGUUCCUCUGUUUUAUAACUUGAAUAUUCAGUUGUUAAAUCCUGUAAGUAUAAAAAAUCUGUCGACCCAAAUGCGCGUUUGGAAAGGAGGGACAGAUGUCGCAUGUUGUGAUUGGCCAAUGCGUUGCAAACCCUUAGGGGCACACUAUUGUAAAUUACCCAUAUUGUCCAUCAUGCCUUUCCUUUUCAUAGGACAUUAGAAAUUCAUUCAUUGAUGACAUUGCCUUAAUUGUGUACAAUAUUUACAAUCCAUUAAAAUAUGUCUCUGAUCUAUUCUGUGAAGGUUUUCACCAGUUUUCUCAAACGCAUUUUAUGGAAAUUGAGUUGCUCCAAGGUAGAGUAUUGAAUGAAAAAAUAAACAAAAAUAAAAUAGGUAAUUCUGCAAUCAGUUAGGAGGAUGUAUGAGAUUGAGCUUGUAAAUAGUUCUGUGUAAAUCCAUUGUAAAUUUCGCAAUGAAUACAUUUAUUUCUAGUCACCAUUCUGUUGAAUAAAGCCAUUGUAAAUAAAUCAUCAUAAUACUCAUUGCUUUUGAAAUCCACAUCUUCCUUAAAAUAACUGUUUCUACACAUGUAACCUGCAGUUUCAAAAUGUUCCUUCAAUAUACCAAUAGGCAAAUAAUUAAGCACACCGGAAAAAGCAAAACAGAAGCCAAGUUCUCAGUUUGUAUCUUCUGAUGAAUCAUUUAUUUGUAAUACUCAAAACAAUUAUUCACCAACAUUGAACUACAGUACUACUGGACUGACACAUUUCAAUUAAAAAGUAUUCUCCAAAGUCAGAGAAAUAGCUCACACUACUCCACUACGGUCUCCAAUUUUUAUAAGAUCAAUUUCAUGUACAGCUCUCCAAAAAAGUUAAGGUUGAAGAUUUACAUUAUCUCCCUGAAAUUACGUACAGUUAUUUGCAGUGUGGUUUUCAUUAAAAAAAUGGUCCUGAACUUGGAAAUAAUGAGCCAGUGAUGAUCUCAAGUUUGCCUAAAUGAAUUGUUUGAUCUAACAAACGUAAUACUGGUUCCUAGUCAUUGCAAAAGAUCUAAAUUCUAAAAAAUGUUUCCACAAUUGGUUACCAUACCCCAACAUAAAAACCCUGUUUGAACGGUUAAUACAACUACAACAAAUCUGACCCAUAAUUUGGUUUUCUUUUGAAAUUAAUUUGGCUAAUCAAGGUUGAUUGCCCAUUCAGGUCACGGUAUAACUAGCACACAGAUUUCAAGUAAAAUAACCAUUUUUACAUAAAUGCAGAAUCAAUAGGGAUGACAGUCAAGUCAUCGUGCUUUGUUCUGCACAGCAUCAAUAAAUAACUUCAAUGUGUUAAUAAAUAGACAGGCAAGACAAUACACACUUGGCUAGGGUAACAAGAACCACUAAUGUCUGAAGCAAAUGCAACAAUGCUGGCGGGACAAAUACUGAGAAACUUACGUACAAUUGGUGUCUUUGUACCAGUUGAAAAUAUUGACACUUAAUAUUCAGGGUUUAAUAUAUCAAUGUCAAUAGUUAACCCAAACAGGGCCAAAUCCUCCAAUUUCAAUAUGAUUUUAAACACACACCCUGAGGAGUCAGGGUUAAUUAAUUGUGAGUAAAUUACCAGUUCUAGAGCCAAAAAUGCUCCUUGAUCAAAGGUAUUUUGUGAAAUUUCAGGGAAAUGUUGAUUACAAUCAUCACUCAUAAUUGAUCAAUAUUGCUUACCAUUAAUAACCUGUCACAAAUUGAUCAUUUUCAUCCAUACCAUAAACAGUUCCUUUGUUUCCAAGUCUUCAGUGCCGAGUCUUAUUCUCAAAAAAGGCCAACAAGCCCAAUAAGACAAUGCUAGCACAUCUUUUUGCUCCACUGCUUACAAGUUGGAAAUUUCAUCCCAGCAUUGAAAAAUGAUGCUAUGCAUGUCUGUCCAUAUGUGUAUUACUUGUUAACAAUCUUCCAAAACAUUUCCUAGUCUAGGACUAGUGGCUAGUCUACUGUCAGUUUACAUUCACACUAUUUGAUUGACUACAAACAUGCCAAAGCCAAGUUUCAAGAUGAAACUACAUCAAUUAUCACCACUUCAUCCUGACACACUUCUAUAUGGGCUAUAACCCCUCCACACAAAUAUUUGUCUAGCCCCUCCCCUCGCGUACACCUCUUAUAUCGUGACUUUAAAACAACUUUGAAUACCAAGUCCUUUAUUAUUUUUAAGAUGAUCUUGAAGGUAGAUGACCAGAUGGUGACUGUGUUAAUGCCAAACAACUCUUUGAACUGAGCCAAGUGUUUGACCACCAUCUUGUGAUACAUGUUCAUUUCUCAAAUCACAAACAUACUUCUUCAACAAAAAUACAAUCUCACUCUCCUUUUCAUCCUUUUCAUAUUUUUGACUUGUUCUAGGUUUAUCUUCUCUACUAAAAGCAAUCGCUGCAGCAACAAUAAACUAUAUCAGAGCAUUUUAAAUGUUGACAACUACAAACAUAACUAACACAACUUAUUUUAAAGACAUAGAAAAUGACAAGUUAUGUAAGAUGAAGCAAACACUGCUGAUCAUGAAAACUAAAUGCAGUUCACUUGUGAUGACACACAAACAGCAUUUCGACAAGCUAUAUACAAUUUAUUCAUGUCUUAUCUACAAUCAAUUGGCGAGGCACAGUUCUUUAUAAUGAAAGCAGAGCAGCUGGUAACUUUUACCCUGCCACAUUAAAAAAGUCUAACCACUAAGCACUAAUUUGCAUUAUAAAAAUUCCCUUCCUCAGAAAAAUGAUCUCUUUCCACACUUUCUUAACAACUUACAGAACCACAUGUAAUGACGAAAAUGUUACAAAUCAAAGCAAUACAUGUAAAUGAGAUCUUCACCUUAAGAAUGCUGAUUUGAUAUAUUGGUUUGCUGAAGGUGCAGAGUUAGUUGAGUCUGAAGCAGUUGAGUAUGGGUUGGAGUAACCCAGGUCGUAGAGAAGUGUGUCCAAUCAAUAACCAAUCACCUGUUGUUUCUGACCUUCAGUCCUUACUAUCAACCACAACUUAAAACACUUCCAAACUGGUCUAAAAUUUCUGGUGGACAUCCACCCACCCCACUUGAAAUGUUGUCUGGCACAAAAGAAGUAUAAACACUAUGGAUUAGCUCCUUUUAUUUAGUUCAAAUCCUGAAAUUAUUGUUUCACAUAAAAAUGCCAAUAAAAUGAGGAUGUGCAAAGGAGUUAAGAGAUAUAAAAAAUAUAUAAAUUAUCAAGCAAUUCUAACUGUAUGAAGCAUAACUACUUAUAAGUUUCUUUCAUUUGUUUUAACACAAGACAGCUUCUUUUUCAAAUUUUUAUACAAAAUUUCUGUAAUUACUAAUUAUUUCAAUAAAUACAAAACAUCACAGUAAAUUCAUCAGAGAAACACCACAUACUCAACUAAAGUUAGAGGAAUUACACCAGAGGAUUGAAGUUUAUACUCCAAGCCGUUUGGACACUUCAUUUAUUUCAAACACCACUGAAAUUGUCCUUGUUGUAACAUUCAUGAAUACAGGCAUAUAACUGGGCAAAACACUUUUUUCCCAUUUCAACAUUUUGUGGAAUUGGUUAAAGUGGAGGGUGAAAGGCCAGCUUAAUUAGUAUGAGCUUUUUCCCUGAUGAAGGCAGAGAAAAGAGAGUAAUACACAGUGGAAAAAA